GCAAUUUGAGAGAUGGCUAAACUCUGAGCACUGCAGCUGAUCCAAGAAGCUGGGGCCUUUGGUUGCUAUCUAUUUAUCAAGACAAGAAAGAUAAAAGGUCAGAUCGAGUCAGAUAAAGCUGCCAAUGUUUCAUGCAUCACAGCAGUGUGAUUUACCACUUGGAGAGCUGCUAACAAGACAUCUUUAAUGGGACCCCUUAUGUCAUUUGCUUCAAGACUUUUUCUGCUUAAGGGACUUUGUGUUUGGGCCAUGCCACAAUGGUUAUAAUUUGGAUUUUGUUGCUGAGUUCUUUUGAUCUUGGCCCACAGAUAUCCUGGGCUAAGAGCUUGUCUAGUACUGCUAAAGUACGUUGUACCAGAGGCAAACUGUGUGACCCCAGGCUGAGGAGAGAUGCUGGGGGACGUGGGGGAGUCUAUGAGCAUCUUGGAGGGGCACCGAGGCACAGAAAGCUUUACUGUGCUACCAAAUAUCAUCUUCAAAUCCAUCUCAAUGGGAAAAUUAAUGGAACGCUGGAGAAAAACAGCAUCUUUAGUAUAUUAGAAAUAACCGCUGUGGAUGUGGGAAUUGUCGCCAUCAAAGGCCUGUUCUCUGGGAGAUAUCUUGCUAUGAACAAAAGAGGGAGACUUUACGCCUCGGAAACUUACAAUCCUGAAUGUGAGUUUGUGGAGAGAAUUCAUGAGCUAGGUUAUAAUACAUAUGCUUCCCGCUUGUAUCGGACUGUUCCGAAUGGAGCUGGCACAAAACGCAAAGCCAGCGCAGAAAGACUUUGGUAUUUAUCCAUCAAUGGCAAAGGCCGACCUCGGCGUGGUUUUAAAACAAGGAGGACUCAGAAAUCUUCUCUGUUCUUACCGAGGGUGCUAGAUAACAAAGACCAUGAUGCAGUGCGGCUGUAUCAUACAAGCCCAAAGUACAGAGAAGGUAUUUUAAAACCCUCAAAAGGCAAUGGAAGAAAGAGGAGAGGACAUUGAGGAGAUAAAGAUGACUAAUUCUCCCCAAAAAAUUAACUCUAAGAAUGCAUCUUCGACAACAACAAGAAAUUGUAGGACCACCCUAUCGUGGAUAGCACAAUUCGUAUGGCUGA